CCCAGCUUUGCUUGGAUGUCAAGCGCUAGGGUUUGGGGGAACUUCGACGUGCAAGGAGGCGUUUCCAGCGAGAGGAGAGAUGAAGGUGGUGGCGUUGGUGAGCGGCGGCAAAGAUAGCUGCUAUGCCAUGAUGCGUUGCAUCCAUUAUGGCCAUGAGAUCGUGGCACUGGCUAAUUUGAUGCCGCUUGAUGACUCUGUUGAUGAAUUGGAUAGCUAUAUGUACCAAACUGUUGGGCACCAGAUUAUAACCAGCUAUGCAGAAUGCAUGGGGAUUCCAUUGUUUCGGAGACGGAUACGCGGAUCGACAAGGCAUGCCCAUCUAAGUUAUUCAAUAACGCCAGGGGAUGAAGUUGAAGAUAUGUUUAUUUUGCUAAGCGAAAUCAAACAAUAUUUUCCCUUUAUAAAUGCAGUUUCUUCUGGUGCCAUUGCCUCUGAUUAUCAGAGGUUGAGAGUGGAGAGCGUCUGCUCAAGAUUAGGCCUUGUUUCUCUGGCUUAUUUAUGGAAGCAAGAUCAAACUUUGCUUCUUGACGAAAUGAUAGAAAAGGGAAUCGUGGCCAUAAUAAUUAAGGUUGCAGCAAUGGGUUUGGUUCCAGCAAAGCACUUGGGAAAAGAACUUGCAGACUUGCAACCUCAUCUUUUGCAAAUGAAAGAGUUCUGUGGAAUAAAUGUGUGUGGCGAAGGAGGAGAAUAUGAAACCUUAACACUUGACUGCCCUCUUUUCAAAAAUGCAAGAAUUGUUCUAGACAAGUUUCAAAUAUUACUGCACUCUCCAGAUUCCAUUGCUCCAGUUGGCAUUCUUCAUCCCAUUGCUUUCCAUCUGGAGUACAAAAAGGAUAUUUCAUCUUUGAGGGGUGCUGGUGGAAAUAUAGAUGGUUGUUCAGAUAAAAUGGGAUGUGUGCAUGUAGUGGAAGGGAGCUCCACAGACAGUUGUAUUGUCAGGUGCCAGUCAUCACAUCCGGUGCCUGAUAAUUAUUCUUAUGAGCAUUUAAGACUAUGUAUUUCAACCACCAAACGAGAUGUGUUUUCCGUGGGCUGUUGGAUUGAAGGGCCUUCCCUAGGCCUUCCGGAAGACCUUACAGCUGUUCUCUGGAGAAUAGAAUCACUACUCAGAACUGAAGGUUUUGACUGGGUGGAUGUUUUGUACAUUCACCUAUAUAUUUCUGAUAUGAAGCACUUUGCAUUGGCCAAUGAAGUGUAUGUGAAGUUUAUUACAGAAAAGAAGUGUAGCUUGGGUGUUCCAUCUCGUAGUACUAUUGAAUUACCUCUGAAACAAGUUGGUUAUGGUCAUGCAUAUGUAGAGGUUUUAGUAGCAAGUGACCGGAGCAAAAGAGUUCUUCAUGUUCAAAGUAUUUCGUGCUGGGCACCUAGUUGUAUUGGCCCAUACAGCCAGGCAACUUUAGAUAAGGAGGUUCUUUAUAUGGCUGGACAAUUAGGGCUGGACCCCCCUACAAUGGAACUUUGUGCAGGAGGUUUGGUUGCUGAGCUGGUUCAAGCUCUUGAAAAUUCUGAGGCAAUUGCCAAUUGCUUUAACAGUUCUCUUGCUUCUGCAAUUCUAAUUGUCGUUUACUGCUCUGCUUAUCUCCAAUCUAGUGAGAGGUAUAAAAUUCAGCAAAUGAUAACCGACUUUCUCAAACAAAAGGUCUCUGAGAUGCAAACUGCAUGCAUCUGUAGUGCAUUUGAUCCCAUUUUCCUAUAUGUUCUUGCACCGGAUCUUCCAAAAGGAGCACUUGUAGAAGUAAAGCCAGUGCUUCACAUCCCCGAGAACAGUGAAGAAUCUGUUGAAACCAAUCUACACCAAGAUCAUGAUAAGAAACCACAUGACAGGGUGUUAGAGUAUGCAAGAUGGCAUGAUUCUUGCUGCCAGAAUUACAUUGUUUCUGAAAAAAUAUGUGCUGUGUUAGUUUCUGUUACAAAAGAUGUAGCUGCAGACAUAUGCGGCAAAAACCUUCAGAAUGCUCAAGGCUUCGAAGCAAAUGGCUUUGUGAAGGACAUGAAGACAAUUGUGAAAUUCUGCAUUAAUCUUCUUGACAAAAUCCUUGUAGAAAACAAUUUCUCUUGGGAAGACUUGAAGAGUUUGAGGGUCUACUUCACAACAGAUUUGUCAACUACCGCGGAUGUGCUCUCUCUCACAAUUUCUGAGGUUCUUGGUGAAUUUGCAGAGGUUGGCAAAAGAGUUCAGGUUAAUGAGCCAAUAUUUAACCUUAUUCCAGUUUUGGGAUCAGGCGGAUCAUCAUUCAUGGAUGACUUGAUCACCUGUGAAUUGUUUGCAUCAAAGCUCUGAUUUACCAAUUUUUAUUAUCAAUGUCUUAUACCCUUAACUAUUUAAGGUAAUUUUGUAUGAUCGUGUAAGGCGGAAAUGAGCAUCGAAAGUGGAUGCGAGUUCCAUUUUUUUAGGAGCAAAAAAAAAAAUCUAAAAAUGUUGCAUUAUAUUUCUCAAUGACUAGAUGAUUGAUGUUUGAUGAGUUAUGUAUACAAAACCCCUAUAAUUAUGGAUAAGU